AUGUUGGCGAAAGAUAAACAAUGGUAAUACAGGAAAAUAUAAGCUGUCAUGUCAAAGUGGAUUAAUGAGGCUGAUAUUUUGAUUGAAAUGAUUAUUUGCAAUUUUCCUUCAUCUAUAGAGGUAUAAAAGAAUAGAACAUCCUAUUUGUUUGAAUGUCCUUUAAAUAAUACCAUACCUUAAUUUAUGAGAGAAUGUGAUUUUAAGGGACCCUUAAUAUGUAUCAUUCAGCUAAAUUGUAUUCAAAAAAACUGAAAUGUUAGUAUUAAAUUAAAUUUGAAAUUAUAAGUGGCAUUAUUGAAUUUGUAAGGAGUUUUUUAACAAAUUUCUUAAUCGUAUCAAGAACAAAUUCUGAAAAAAGUAGAUUUUUUUUUUUGGUAGAAUAUUUUCAGGUACUGUAAGAAAAAGUAUAAUUGUUUAAAGACUAUUCAAAUAAAAUACUGAUGAUAUCCAAUUAAGCAUAAUACAUAUCAGAUGUUUCUUGUGGUUAUAUUUUAUGAUUAGGAUGUUGUCUUAUUAAGGAGGGGUACAGAAAAAUAAUUAUUUAAUAUAUAUCGGAUCACCCAGAAUCUUAUCUAAUCAGAUCAACGAAUUAUUUAGUUUUACCAUUAAUAAAAGUGCCUGUUUGACCUUAAACUAUAUUAUAAGAGUGUUUGAAGAGAUUAUUCUAAUCCGAUCAAUUAACGAAUUGUAAAUCUGAAAAGACAAGAGUGCUUACAUUAGCAGGUUGUGGAGAAUUACAUUUAGAUAUUUGCUUGAAUUAUUUAGUGAAUGAUUUUGCAAAAUUUAAAUAAUUUGAUCUAAUCCAAUUUUAUCUUAUAAAGAAACUGUUUAAGCAACAUAAAAUGUUGAGUUUGUUGCUUAAUCUCUCAAUAAUAUCAUACAAAAUAUGCUUAUGCUGA